AUGGGCGACCCCUACUACAAUGAGAACACAUUCCUGUGUGGCUACCAACGAAUCCGCCGAUAUGGCUCGACCUGGGACCUGAAUUCGCCGUCGAAUUCGCAACGAAAACCGCUGAGUAUCAUUGAACACGAGGUAAAACCGACGGAUACUUUGCAGAACCUUCAAAUCAAGUACAAUACCAACAUGUUUGAGAUUAAACGUAUCAAUAAGUAAGCGUUUUCGUGGAUUUUGUUCUUGUUUUAGGAAGUGGAAGGUCCGAAAUGUGCUUUUGACAGGUCUUUUGAGGAGUAUUGGGCAAAAGAGAGGUGCGGAACGUUUAAAUUUUUGAGGACAUGAAUAAUAUAGGUAGUGCAAGGUACAUUUGAUCGGAAAAAGACUUAUACUCUUCAGAAAUGACUGGCUUUUGCGUGUAAAAGUUAGAAUACAAUAUUGCGCAUCUUAUAAAUAUAUUAGACCAGAGUUUCAAACAAAACACUUUUUUAUUUACAAAAAUUCUGCUAUAAGAAUGGAUAACAUAAAAUUUCAAUUUUUGACUGGAUUUUUGGUCAAUUUUGAGGGUUUUUUGAGUAUUAUGGAUUCAAGACGUACUUUGAUAGCAUUUGUUGAUGUUUUAACAUACCUUUAAUGUAUUUUUUAGCUUUCAAUGACUAAAAACACUUUAAAAUUCAUAAAAUAAAGUCACUCGUUCAAAGUUAUCUUAUCAAUUUUGUAAACAAAAGUUGGUUUUUAUCUGUAAAAUCAUCGUUAUCAUCAAAAAACAAUGGCAAUUUUGGUGUUUAUUGACUAUAAUACGUUCAGAUAAUACUGGCUUUGUUUUUGAAGUCUGUUCUAUAUUACACUUUACAUUAUACCACAAAACUUAUAUUACAUUUGGUUAAACUAAAAACAGAUUUAAAAGAAUCAUUAUAACACUAUAUCUAUUAAAAGAUCGGCCUAAAACUUCUAAAAGCACCAAUAUUACACUAGAUCUUCCAAAGAUAAGCCUAAACAAUCGUAUUUGUUUUGUAGAUUGUGGUCGAAUGACGCCUUGUACGCUCGCACACAUAUAUCAAUACCGAUCUACGAUGACUCGCCGUUAUCGACACGAUCUCUGUCGUCCGAGAAAGUGACCAAACCUGCGAAACCGGAAAUUGGGCCGGAAGAGGAGUCGGUUAAGGACUUUUUCAAACGAAUCGACCAAAACGUUCGCCGGACCAAGAAAGUGGUGCGCAAGAUGAAUAAGACACAGACAAUCGAGUGA